CAGCGCGCUGGGUUUCCGAUGAUCUCCGAAGUGAAGUGCUGCUCUCAGGAAGAUCCGGGUGCUGCUGGACUCAACAUAAACAGCAAUGGCGGAGGCAGCAGCAGCGUCCACGGCGGCUCCGGCGAUAACAGGAGGCUGGACCAAGAACGUUACCUGCAGGUAUUUCAUGCAUGGGCUCUGCAAAGAAGGCAACAACUGUCGAUACUCCCACGACCUGGCCAGCAGCAGCCCGGCAGCGAUGACCUGCAAGUUCUUCCAGAAAGGAAACUGUGUGUUCGGAGAUCGAUGCAGGUUCGAGCACUCCGAGCCCCCCCAGCAGGACGACGUGAAGGGGUCCCCGGGGUCGCCGCUGCCCUCCGCCGCCCAGCCCCGCCCCCCCGCCGGCGCCCCCGACCCACCAGAGGGCGCCGCGGGGGCCGUGGGCUGGGUCAACGCCGCGGAGUUCGUGCCGGGACAGCCCUACUGCGGCCGGGCGGAGCCCGGUGAAGGGGAGGGGCCCCAGGCCGUCUCCAAGGAAACGGAGAAGGAGGCGGGCCCGGAGGACAAGGAGCGCCGGAAGCAGCUGUGUCCGUACGCCGCCGCCGGCGAGUGCCGCUACGGCGUCAACUGCGCCUAUCUCCACGGCGACGUGUGCGACAUGUGCGGCCUGCAGGUGCUCCACCCGACCGACAACGCCCAGCGGUCGGACCAUACCAAGGCCUGCAUCGAGGCGCACGAGAAGGACAUGGAGAUCUCGUUCGCCAUCCAGCGCAGCAAGGACAUGAUGUGUGGCGUGUGCAUGGAGGUGGUGUUCGAGAAGACCAACCCCAGCGAGCGCCGCUUCGGCAUCCUGUCCAACUGCAGCCACUGCUACUGCCUCAAGUGCAUCCGCAAGUGGCGGAGCGCCAAGCAGUUCGAGAGCAAGAUCAUCAAGUCUUGCCCAGAGUGUCGGAUUACAUCCAACUUCGUCAUCCCGAGUGAAUACUGGGUAGAGGACAAAGAAGACAAGCAGAAGCUGAUCCAGAAAUACAAGGAUGGCAUGGGGACCAAGUCGUGCCGGUACUUCGACGAGGGCCGGGGCACCUGCCCGUUCGGCUCCAACUGCUUCUACAAGCACGCCUUCCCGGACGGCCGGCUGGAGGAGGCCCAGCCCCAGCGGCGGCAGGCUGGCUCCAACGGGAGGAACCGGAGUGGGCGGCACAUACCCCUCUGGGACCUCCUGGACGAGCGGGAGAGCUCAGACUCUCUGGACAACGAGGACGAGGAGAUGGUGACCUUCGAGCUCAGCGAGAUGCUGCUGAUGCUGCUGGCCGCUGGCGCCGACGAGGACGAGGACGUCACCGACUCGGAGGACGAGUGGGACUUGUUUCACGAAGAGCUCGACGACAUCUACGAGAUCUACCUAUAGCUGCCCCCUGGCCCCGCCCCCAAAAUCCCCCAUUAGCCCCGCCCCCAAAUCC